AUGUUUUCCAAGCUCAAGAACCUCGCCGACAAGGGGCAAGGGUCGAAAUCCGACGAUGACCAGGGAGAGUCGCUCACAACCAUCCUUCCCACUCGAGAGGACCGGGUGAAUCUCCUGCUCCUGAUUGCGGAUCUGAUCGAGGUGAUGCGAGUUCAGCUUGUCGACACUUUUGACGCAAGCAAAUCCGAGACUGCCACACCGCUCAAGAUUGGCCGCUCACUCGACCAGCCCGAAGAAGACGAUACUGCCCUGGAAAUCCAGCCCGAGGCAGCAGAACAGAGUGGACUCGACCAGGCUGCAGAGGGCACAGCCAAGCCCGAAACUGGAAGUCAAACAGAAGAAGUCAAGGCAGUUGAAGGAAAGGGCAGUGAUGCGGCCGAAAAGGCGAAGAAGGCCUUGGAGAAAAGGACCAAGGAGCUUGCCAGACCAGAGAACGAGGCCUUGAAGAAGGCUGCGCUGACCCAUUUCGAUGACUGGCGAGACAAAGUUAUGCAACGAAUUGGCGAGGCCGUCAAUCAGCGCGAUGCUGGGGAGGAGGCAGCUAACCAGGGUCAACAAUCCCGCCCCUCAAGCCAGCAGAAACCAGACGCGGCCGGAGAGACCUUGCAGAAUAUUUUCCCACCACUUGAGACCCCACUGAUCUCGCUGAGUGAUGCACGGCGAGUUCUCAUCAUGCACUCAAUCUUACUGAUCCUGCUCGGACUGGAGUCGUAUCCGGCAGAAUCCCGCGUGCUCAUGCUUCGGCUCGCAAGUUCACUGGGACUAUCCAUGGACCUUCUGGCGCAGGACGAGAUUUCAGUCGCCAAAGGGCUACUGGAGGUCGCGAAGCAGCAGAUGAACGCGGACGAAGAGACCAAGAAAAAGGCAGAGGAGGGGUCAACUGCGAGGAAGUGGAAAGUUGGUCUCGGUGCAGUUGCCGGAGCUGUUCUUAUUGGAGUAACGGGCGGCCUUGCAGCUCCUCUGCUUGCGGCCGGAGUAGGAACAGUGAUGGGUGGUCUAGGACUCGGCGCCACCGCCACCGCUGGAUACCUCGGCGCACUGGCAGGCUCCGCUCCGCUUGUAGGUGUCCUCUUCGGUGCCUACGGCGGCAGGAUGACAUCGAAGAUGGUCGAUGAGUAUGCCAAAGAGGUUGAGGAUUUCGCCUUCCUGCCUGUCAACAAGCCAUCGCUGUUCCACCGGGGAAAGCAAGACGACAAGGAUUCGAGACACCUCCGUGUCGCUGUGGGUAUUGCAGGCUGGCUUGUUGAGGAGCCUGAGGUCGUUUUGCCAUGGCAGGCAAUCAGUGGUCGGAGCACCGAGGCAUUCGCUCUCCGAUGGGAGCUAGAGGCAUUACUUCGACUUGGGUGUGCAUUGAAUACAUACAUCAAGAGCUACGCCUGGGGCUUUGCCAAGAAGGAGAUCCUCAGCCGCACCAUAUUUGCUACUCUUGCGUCGGCUCUCACCUUACCCUACGGUCUUGCGAAAGCCUCGCGUGUGAUCGACAACCCCUUCAGCGUCGCGGUGGCUCGGAGUGAGAAGGCAGGCAAGGUCCUUGCUGAUGCACUCAUCAACAAAGUCCAGGGAGAGCGGCCAGUGACGCUGAUAGGCUAUUCGCUAGGCGCAAGGGUCAUCUACACGUGCCUUGCUGAGCUUGCAAACCGAAAAGCAUUCGGCUUGGUGGAAUCGGUUUGCCUCAUCGGCGCGGCUGCCCCGUCCGAUCCUAUUGCCUGGCGCAAAAUACGCUCUGUCGUCGCAGGUCGCGUGAUCAACGUCUUUUCCACCCAAGACUACCUACUUGCUUUUCUUUACCGCGCCAACAGCUUCCAGUACGGUAUUGCCGGCCUGCAAGCGAUUCAGGAAGUCCAGGGGAUUGAAAACGUGGAUGUCUCCGAGCUUGUCGACGGGCACACACAGUACCGCUUUCUAGUCGGAUCGAUCUUACAGAAACUGGACCUCGAGAAUAUCGAUGGCGAGGUUGUUGAAAAGCAGUUGAAGAAUCUCAAACGCCAGGAGAAAGAGGACAAGGAAGAGCGCGAGAGGAAGGCAGCCGAGGGCAAGUCCGCAGAAGAGGAGGCUGACGAGAUGGAGAAGGAGGUUGAACAGAAGAGCAAGGCGGCUAAGGCGAUGGAGUGGAUGGGCAGUCAGGUUUCCAGUAUCAACAAGAAGAAGUCUACGCCAACAGAGAGCGUGAUGACAGAAGACGACAUGCUCCGCGAGGCUGAGAAGCGGUAG